AUGGGAUGGCGGCUCCAGGGGCGGAGGACUCACCUACUGCACUCCAGCGGCCAGCUUGUCGGUGUUGGCUCUGAUGCUGGGUUCAGGAAAUUCAGCCGUCUCCAGGCUGAGGCCUAUCCUCCAGUCCUAAUUCAGAAAGUCCCCGUCCUGGCUGUGUCAGGACACAGCGCUCGCCAAGACCUCACGAUGUGGACCUUCAUGCUCCUGGGCCUUCUCUGUGCCUCGGCCUCUGCCAGUGCCAUCCAGGCCAGGUCCUCCUCCUACAAUGGCGAGUACGGAAGUGGAGGAGGAGAGCGAUUCUCCCACUCCGGCCUCCAGCUGGAAGGCCCCAUCACAGCCAUCCGUGUCCGGGUCAACAGCCUCUAUAUCGUGGGUCUCCAGGUGCGCUAUGGCAAGGUGUGGAGCGACUACGUGGGUGGCAAGCUGGGAGACCUGGAGGAGAUCUUUCUGCACCCAGGGGAGUCGGUGAUCCAGGUGUCUGGGAAGUACAAGUACUAUCUGAGGAAGCUGGUCUUUGUGACCGACAAGGGUCGCUACCUGUCCUUUGGGAAAGACACAGGCACGAGCUUCAACGCUGUCCCCUUGCACCCAAACACCGUGCUCCGAUUCAUCAGUGGCCGAGCUGGCUUAUUCGUCAACGCCAUUGGCCUGCACUGGGACAACUACCCCAGCAACUACCCAAGCUACUAACCCAGCAACUGCUGAGCCCGCCUCCUCCGUGGCAGGGCCCCGUGGUGGGGUGUGACAACUCCCUGAUCACUAUUCCCAUACAAAUGGCUCAAUAAAAGGACAUGGCUAAA